AUGGUUAUUGUGGCGUAUGAUAAGGAGUAUCCAGAAAACGCAGAGUUGUCAUCCCUUUUCCAUGUUAGGUCGCUACCUGUCAAUGCUUCUGAUGGAUAUGGUUCUCUUAUUUUGUCAGCCCUUUCCGCAGCAUUUGCCGUUUUUCCAUCAGCUACAGCUGUGGCUGUAAUUGAAGAAGACGUAAAGUUGUCGCCGGACUGGUUAUAUUAUCUAUCUCAAACCUUGCCUACUUUACUAUCAGACGCUUCAAUCGAUGUAAUACAUACAUUUAACCCUAACGGAUUUACUGACACCAGUGGAAACCUAUCUUUAGUUUAUCGUGUCGGAUUUCAACCUCCACUAUUCUCAUAUGUAAUAACUCGAAAAAAAUACGAACAAGAAAUCAAGAACAAAUAUGACUGCUGUGUUAAUCCUGGCCGCUGGUUUUGGUCAUCUUCUUCUUCACUAGUCCCCGACGUCUCCAGGAUCGGUGUUGCUCACAAUUUGCUUAUUCGUGAUCAUUGGUCCAACGCGUUAUUUGUGCGACCGCGAAGAAUGAGUGAGGAAAGCGCUAUGAUCAGUCGGGAUUUUGAAACGGAAAUUACUUAUGAUCGAUCUAUCUCGUCACAAAGCAGAGCUGCUCCAAGAGUGGCACUUAGCAAUGUUGUAUGUGCGACGUGGCAGCAGCAAAUAGAAGAAAUUUCAUUGGAAGCAAACAGUACUUCUGUUGUCGUUACUUGCGGGGACGAUGUUAGUGACUUGGCUCAAGCAUCACAAUGUUUUGGGUUAUACUUUGAUGAGCAUUUUGUGACAGGAGUGUACAAACGAAUUAUAAGGUAGGU